AUGGUUAGUGACUUGUCGCCCUCUCUUGUCACCAGGGCGUACGAGUUACGAGGGCUCUCGCGGCAUACCCUCGCCCUAUGCAGGACUCUACACUUUCCCGAGCGGGGCAGGGCAAGGAGCCCGGCCGCGGGGCAGCAGCUGCAGCAGCCGGGUGAGCAGCUGCCUGCGAAGGACCCGCUGCAGGACAAGGACACCACCGGCGGCUCCGAAGCUGCUGUGGCUGCCGACGUGGGGCAGCUGGUGGACAGGGUGCAAACCGACGAGAGCGGCAGCUCUGAGGACACGUCUGCCUACCAGGAUGUCCUUGAGGAGAUUAGCCAGACGAAGGAGGCGCAGUCUCGCAUGCAAGGAGAAAUCCGCAUGAUCCAGGAGGCGCUUGGCUUGGGGAACCUCCAGGAUGCUGCCGGCCGGCUGCCACGCCUUGGCAACCUAAGGACUCUGGCCAGUGAUGUGCAAAUGCUGAAGGAAAGACUGGGCCUGUACCCAAACCCGGAGGAGGUCAACAACAUGGUGCACUGGGAUGUGCUGGAGGAUUGCCUGGUGGGAGGCAAAGGAGAACGAGGUAGAGAUGGAGGAAGACCCAGAAGAGAACAAGAAGGAGACCGCUCUGCCACCACCAAGUCUCCCACUCCAGACGUGGACACGCCACAUGGAGCAAGCUCAGUGCUGGCAUUUAGAGAGAGCUCAGUGGGGCUGAAGGAUCCAAGGACAGCUGUAAGGGUCCCUAAGCAGCAGGCAGGCAUUCCCUCAGAUCAGAGGAGGGAUGCUAGCACCAGAGCGAUGACGCAGACAGCGUCUCAGGACGUUCAGACCACCAGCCCGGGGACACAGCAAACACACCCGGAGUCCAUGGGCACGCAGACCACCAGGCCAGGGACACAGGCAACAGAGCUGGUGUCCACGGGCACGCAGACCAUCAGCCUGGAGACACAGCCAACAGAGCUGGUGUCCACGGACAUGCAGACCAUCAGCCUGGAGACACAGCCAACAGAGCUGGUGUCCACGGACAUGCAGACCAUCAGCCUGGAGACACAGCCAACAGAGCUGGUGUCCACGGACAUGCAGACCAUCAGCCUGGGGACACAGCCAACAGAGCUGGUGUCCACGGGCACGCAGACCAUCAGCCUGGAGACACAGCCAACAGAGCUGGUGUCCACGGACAUGCAGACCAUCAGCCUGGGGACACAGCCAACAGAGCUGGAGUCCAUGGGCACGCAGACCAUCAGGCCGGGGACACAGCCAACAGAGCUGGUGUCCACAGACAGGCAGACCACCAGCCUGGGGACACAGCCAACACAGCUGGAGUCCAUGGGCACGCAGACCACCAGCCUGGGGACACAGCCAACAGAGCCGGAGACCACAGGCACCGAGACCACCAGCCUGGGGACACAGCCGGAGUGUACCGUCCCUCAGACCACCAUCUCAGGGGAGCAGCUCAGCACAGAGCUUCACCGGGCUGGCCCCCUGGCAGCAGGGACUCUCUUGCUGACAGCCCAGGGAUUCGAGAUCCCACUCGACGCUGAUCCCAGCGCCACGUCCCACGUGCAAGAGCUGGCCUUGCCCUCGGGCUCCAGCAGUGCCUACCACAAUGCCUACAAGUGCUACGUGGAGACGGUGGAGGCUCUCAAGCAGAUUGGGCAGCUCAGACACCUCUAUGCUGCCCUGAAGGAGCAGGUGGCCCAGCUAGAAGCCACCAGGUUGGAGCGGACUGAACUGGAGAAGCUGCGCCUGCUCCUCCAGGAGGGAGGCCAGGAGAGCAUUGCCAACAUGCUGGGUGACCUCCAGGCCCAGGUGUCACCCCUGCAGGGCGUGGCCAGGGACCUGCAGGAGGAGAAGGGGAAGAUCAGGAAGCUGGAGAGUGCCCUUGGCAAACUGGAGGCGGCCAGAGCCAGCUGGCAAACAGAUCUCGACGAGCAACUCAGCCUGCCAUUGGGGUCCACACCGCAGCAGGUCAAGCGGGACAUGAAGGACCUGGCAGAGCAUCAGCAAAUAAGCAAGGCUGCACUGGAUCAGUUGGUGACCCAGAUGGCCGAGGAGGGGCAGGAGCAGCUCAAAGAGGUGAGAGUGAUGGAGAACACGGGGCAGGAGGAGGCGGGAUGCCCCACGUGCAGCAGCGACACCAGCAUGCGUUUGGGGAAGCUUCUGCGGUGCUAUGAGAAGCUGCAGGGGCUGGUGGACUCCCUCAUGUCGACGAAGGAGACGUCUGCAGCAUAG